UCUAUAUAUAUAUAUAUAUGUAAAGAGCUCUGCUUUCUCUCCGUUCAUUCUCUAGUUCUUCUACUUCUUCUUCUUCUUCUCUCUUGCAAGAAUGGCUGUGCAAGCUCAGUAUCCAUUAAACCUCAUUUCUCCAGAUUUGAUCAUCUCCAGGGCUGAGAACAAUGGUGAUGGUGGUGGUGCUGGUCCUUGUCUGGUUUUUGGUGAUCCACAAAGUCAGUUAGCAUUCAAUGGUUAUAACUAUGGAUCAAGGAAGAGGAACAGGGAUGAUCUCAUGGCUGUUCCUUUUCAUCAGUUUAAUGAUCUCCCAAACAAUGGCAUGGUCUCAAAUACUCACGUUCAAAACCGGCUGAUUGAAUCCUCAGGAGCAUCCACCAGUGGGAGGCCUGCACAAAGCCUCCUUGCUGCCCAUCUUUACAAUCAAAGCUUGGAUGUUGAUGCUCUUCUCCGCCAGCACAGUGAGAGGUUGUUUUUGGCUAUUGAACAAUCACACAAGAGGCAGUGCAGAGCACUGCUAUCAGUUCUGGAGAAGCAGUUUGAGGUGAGGUUGCAGGAAAAGGAAGCAGAGCUUGAGAAGGUGAUACAGAGGAACGCAGAGCUUGAAGAGAAUGUGAGACAGUUAUCAGUAGAGAAAGAGAUGUGGCAAGCUGCUGCUAAAAACAGUGAGUUUCUGGUCUCAGGGCUCAAGGCAAGCCUUGAGCAUGCUUUGCUGGGAAAAGUCCCUCAAAUGAAUCAAGAAUGCAGAGAGUGUGAAAGCACAUACCCUGCUGAAGAUGAAGAGUCAUGUUGUUUUCAAGGGGAGGAGAGGGAUAGAAGGACUGCAGUUGGAGAUGGUGCAGAGGAAGUUGGUGAAAGCCAAGAGGUCCAAAGAUGGUGCUAUAAGGCAUGCACAGUUUGCAAGGAUGAUGAUGUUUGUGUUCUGUUGCUGCCUUGCAAGCACCUCUGCCUCUGCAAGCACUGUGCUGCCAUUGUUGAUGCAUGCCCUGUUUGCAGCUCUCCCAAGAAUGCUAGUCUCCAUGUCAUUAUCCCAAUGCAGUAACAGUAACAGUAGCAUCAUCAUGAUCUUCAUCAUCAUUGUGUCAUCAGGACUUUUUUUUUAAUGUUAAAUAUUUGUUUA